AUGUUUUCCGCGACAAGCACACGUUGGCGGCACACCUACCAGAUUGUCGUGUUCAGCGCGUUGGCAUCCCAAUGUCUCGGCUCUACAGACCCUUCCACCCAACCACCCUCCACCCCUCAUCUGGUCCGUCGUCUGCUGACACCGGCUUCAUCACCGCAAAGUUCAACCGGCUUGGCCCCCAAUGGGGCCGUUACACCCAACCCAUGUGCACCCAUGGAUUUGUCACCGCAAACUUGGGUGGAUCUUGGGAUUGAUGACUACAUUGCCAGCUAUCCGAAUGCCGACAAACUCACCAUUCAGCAAUUCGCCGCUGAGCUCAACAUGCCCAACUUCUUUUGCGGCAUCGGCAUGCAAUGCUCGGCUGGCCAACUUUGCCAUCCAGCUGCUGGUGUGAACUGGCUUAUCCUUUACGCCAUCCAAGAAUGGAACGCGUACAUGAACAGCUUCUACAGCGCUAUCGAAGACGCGGUCUCUCUCAUGAGGGAUGCUUCUGCCGACAUCGCUUCUGAUUUCAUUCCCCGCGUUAAGCCGGAGUCCGAUCUUUACGGAUGGUCGGUCGCCACCGUCGUAGUUGGAGUCUUGGCUACCUUUACAGCUUUAAUCGUCCCUGCGGUGCUACCCGCAGACGCGAUGCAAAUGGUAGUCGACGCCAGCGCAAUAGGAGCCGGUGCAGGUUUGCUGGGAGGAUUAGAACUCCCGCAGGUUGGACGGACCACUGCGAAUGAGAAGUUCCUCGCCGAGUUACAAGCAGCUCACGCACAAGCCAAUGGCGAACAGCCCGCCGACGUUUGGUCUAGUCAUGAUUCAAAGGUCCUUGCCGAUUUCCUGAACGACAGGCGCAAAACGCCAAAAAACCCUGACCACCACUCCCCCAGUCCCAGCCCACAGCCCUCACCCCCCUCCUCGCCUCGCCCAACAGGCCCGACUCCACCAGCUCCCAAUCAAAGCCCGGUUCCACCAGCACCCAAUCAAAGCCCAUUUCCACCAGCACCCAAUCAAAGUCCGGCUCCGCAUCUCCGAAAACGAACUCUCACUCCGGAUGAACUACCCAAGAAGAGACACCCCGCUCCCUAUGCCUUUACUCGAUGGACCCGAAUGUCAUCCCACUUGACUGUCCUUCAAAACGAUCUACAAGGUGUUGUCGCAGCCACUGUUGAAGUGGCUACUCUCCAGCCCCUAUUGGCUCAAGGAGGAGUCGCCGAAAUCCUGCGUGAAGGCUCCUUCUUGUACAAGAAUCCUACACAAACCUUCAUGGCUGAUAAUGUCAAAGCUUUGGCCCAAAUCAGCGCAUUGUCGGAGUUCUUUAAAUCCAUCAAAAUGUUCGUCACCAUUGGAAGUGAUGAUUGCAGAUUCAAAGGUCCAAACGGGGCCAAGAACCACGAGCAAGAUUUGUCUUCAUGCACCAAAGAUGGCCUAAUGAUGAACAUCGUUCGCGCAGAAGGUAAUAAAGUCGUCAACAAGACCCCUAACGCCCGACUCCUUCAAUCCAAGUAUGGUUAUUCGGUCCAGUAUCUUACCAACUUGGCCUGGGAAUGCCAGAAGAAAUAUGGUGUUCAAAAAGAAGGCGAAACUACCUUCCCGCCACCAACGAGCAUGCACUCGGAUUGUAUAUUCUCUAUCCCCGUUUGUGAUUGCACCCUUCCCGAGGUCAAACGCUUGCGCAAGAAGAAGAAAGGCACCGUCAAAGCCUGCCGAAUCGGCGCCGGUCUUCCCAUCUGA